UCGGCGCUUUCGUGUCGGGAGGGAGAUGGGUGGAAGAAACGUGGGACAGCAGAAGGCAGCGGAUCCUGCGAGGAUGCGGACGCGCGGACGCUCGCUGGUCGAGGGGGUCCACGGCGACGCGCACUGAGGAGAUGGAGGAGGAUUAGGCGCGUCCACGAGGGGCGGGCGGCUGGACCCGUCCUGAACAAACACCCGGCGACCGCGGCUCGUGCUGGAUUUUCUGAUCCCAAACUUACAGUACCGGGACUCGGGAUCGCGCGUUUCGCGCACGGACCGCGAGUCUUUCAUCGUCAGCGCAUCACAACUGAAUUCCUCCUCCGACGUGGGGUGGGAAGGAGGGGGGAGUCCCUGCGGGGUCCCUGUCACACAGGGUUGCCGGGACGCCCUCGCGCCGUCAGUACAGUCAUGGAUAUUGCCUGCUUCGGCCUCGGCCCAGCUUGGUGCCGCUGAAGUAGGCCCGAGGGAUCCCGGGUGCGAGCGCCGACCAUCGUUCCAUAGCUCCGUGUUUCUCAAAUGAGCGGGAGGAGCUGCAGGAAGAGGAGGUGUGGAUGAGGGGCGAGCGAGCAGUGUGGGAAGGAGAGUGGGAUGCUGGGAUGAUUGAAGAAGGGGAAGGUCAAUAGGCCCCAGCUCUUCCUGUUCUAGGUGUCCGGGGCGGCACACGAGAAGGUGGGAGGGGGGAAUGGCCAAGCCUUUCUAUAGACUACAGCGUUUCCUCCGGCGGAUGCAGCUCUUCUUCCUCUUCCUGGGCGUGGCCUACAUCAUGGCGGGCAGCGUGCUCCUCCUGCAGCGUGCCAGCCUGGUGGUGUCUCAACGGGGAUCCAGUAUACUACCCCUACCUUCCCUGCCCUCCCCACCUAGGGCCCUGGCAGCACCUGUGGCAGGGCCCCACCAUAGCCGGAUGGCACCCAGCGAGGGGCAAGCUGAGGGGCAGUCUCCCGAUGGCCGGACGGGGCCCCAUUGGCUCGUGUCCCGGAACUUGGAGAUCCGGCACCUCCGGCGGCGCUGGUUCCACAGCCUCAUGAGCGAACAGGAGACCCCCAGGGGAGAUGGAGGGCCGUUGCAGCGGAAAGCCCACCACAAGGGCACCUAUGUUGGUUGCUUCUUGGAUGACAGCAAAGAACGUGGCCUCAAGGGGACGGUCUUCUACGAUUUUCGGAAGAUGUCCAGCACCUUGUGCCAGGACACCUGCUCGGAGAGCGGGUAUCAGUUCGCUGGGCUGGAAUACGGGUCCGAGUGCCACUGCGGUAACCGCAUCAGCAGCCCGCGCACACGGGAGGAGGACUGCAACCUGGCCUGUAAGGGGGAGAGGGGGUUGCCCUGUGGAGGAGUGGGCCGCCUCUCUGUCUACAAGGUGGACGAGGUGCUCCCCGGCCAUAGAAGAUACAGGAAUGUGCGCUACAGAGGCUGCUUCGAGAGGCCGGACAACGCCACGGCUGCUUUUCUCUUCCACACCCUGCAACCCAACCUGACAUCUCAGUCCUGCGUGGAGACCUGUACGGACAAGGAGCUGCCGCUGGCCGUUCUCAGAAGACCUGACUGCUUCUGUGGCUAUGCCUCCCGCCACUUCACCCUCCAUGAGGCGACGCCGGAGGAGCGCUGUGCACUGGCCAACACGACAGGCCCCCAAGUCCCCAAGGACCAAGACUUCUUCCAGGUGUACCAAACGCCUGUGCAAGAUGCCAGGUGCACGGACAGGAAGUUCUUUCCAGAGAAGUCCAACCGGCUGGUGGCGCUGUCCAGCUUCCCCGGGGCGGGCAACACGUGGGUUCGACACCUCAUUGAGCUGGCCACGGGGUACUACACAGGAAGCUACUACUUUGACGGCACUCUUUACAACAAAGGUUUUAAGGGCGAAAAGGAUUACUGGAAGAGUGGAAGGACCAUCUGCGUGAAGACCCACGAAAGUGGGAAACGCGAGAUCGAAAUGUAUGACGCGGCCAUCCUGCUGAUCCGGAACCCCUAUCGCUCCCUGAUGGCAGAGUUCAACCGCAAGUGUGCUGGCCACCUGGGCUAUGCCUCAGAGCAGCACUGGAAGGGCAAAGAGUGGCCGGAGUUCGUGAGCAGCUACGCCUCCUGGUGGGCAUCCCAUGUGUUGGACUGGCUACGGUUUGGUCGGCAACUGCUAGUGGUCCACUACGAGGAGCUGCGUGCGGCACUGGUCCCUAGCCUGCGGGCUGUCACUGCCUUCCUGAAUGCCAAUGUCAGUGAAGACCGGCUGCUGUGUGUGGAGAGCAACCAAGAUGGUCACUUCAAACGGCCACCGGGGGACCAGCGGCGUUCCUUCGACCCCUUCACCCCUGACAUGAAGCGGCUGAUCAACGGCUACAUCCUCACUGUGGACCAGGCGCUCAGGAACGGCAACCAAUCCGGCCUGCCUCACGAGUACAUGCCCAGAUGAUGGGAACCGCCCCCUUCGUUCUGGGCACAUUCUGGACAGAGAUGGGAUGGGACAACCGGUGAGGUGUGACCGCUUUGUUUGGUUGCCAUUGCUUUCAAAAUGACCUUCCUCGUUCAGCUGGCGUUUCGCCGCUCUCUGCCGGGUGCCAGAAACGCGUAAGCGAUCUGGAAGCACACCCUCGAGCAAGGUCCAAUCGAAUGAAACAUCGGGGAGACGAUUUACGAAAGAUUAGACCGGAUAAUCCGGGCCUCUGCUCUCUGAUUAAACUACAGAGAGAAUGCCAGAUUGCUGGCCGCGCGGAAAUUUCAUUUCCACACGUCCGUUUCCAUGCUGUGAGCGAGAGGAAAAAGUGUAACUGAAACGGUGGAAUAAGACAGCGUCUAAUCUCUCACAAUAACGCUGCCGCCGGCCUUGCUCUACUGGAAGAUAAAUUAUAUCAUACGAAUUUACGUAAUAACACGCAACAUUUUUUUCCAGCCGUUACCACCUUAUCCUUAGAUGGGUUACGUUUGACUUCAAAGCACACACCUUACACGGUGUAUGUGGUGCUUACGCUACGUCCACAUAGGCAUAAAAAUCUGCAGUACAGUUUCAACCCCCAGCUAACUGCAGAGGUCCGGGCACCGGCACACUGGCAUGGUGCCAUGGAACCAACAGAUGCGGGGGUCUUGAGGGCAUUAGGCACUCAACAAAGCCCCCCCAAAGCCCUGCACUGGAGGGGAGAUGUAGAUGGAACAGGAAUGAGGGAACUGGAAUGGCUAGCCUGCCACACCCCCCACCACUCAUACCCCGAUAUCCCCCAUGACCCCCAAACAAGCCCAAGGAGCACUGCUCUGCUAAUCCCUUCUGAGCUGAUCAGCAGAGCCCCGGGGCAUCCAGAUGUGACUGGCUCGUCGACCGAACGGAGCGGCCCUUUGGUAGGCUUUGGCUGAGAGUAGGUUUAAAAACAAACACAGAAAAAAAUUGUAUUAGGGCAACUCUGUGAGUAAUAGUCUAAUUCUUGCGAGGCCGCCAAGGAAAUGAGUCAGUCGACGAAACUCUUGAAUUUCUAUUGCCUGCAUUUUGUGUGGAGUGCAGUCCAGUCCAGCCUCGGUGUCUGAAGUUACCGUUAUAUUUUUCUGUCUAAGAUGCCAUGUAAUUCUGGUAGCCGUAGCUUAUGUUCUCUUCUUACGCCACCUCUGCAACAGCCUGCAGGUCAUGUAAACCGCGUGACAUGUUCCGACCCAUCCGAUGUAUGCGUCAGUGAUGAACAUGCCAACUCAGUGCUGUUCAGGGUAUUCCUGGAAGGGGUUCUCAUUCAAACUCCUCAUUUUUCCUCUGUGAUGUCAUUGUUUUUUCUACAGCAACCAGGAGGUAGGUACUGCUAGGCCAGUUAAGAGGGGGAAAAAAAAGUAAAAAGAAAAUAAGGUCUAAAUGUGAUUUAUAAUUACAUUUGCCUCUCUAACUCAGUCCGGUGAGGUCAGUGUGCUUUGCCAGUCAUCUUCAGAUGGAUUCAUUUAGAAAUUUCAUUAUGCACCAUAUGUUGUACAUUGCUUUUCUGUAUAUACGUCAGCGCGUGUGUGUGCGCGUGUGUGUAUGCGUGCGUUCGUGUGCGUGCAUGCAUUUGUCCUGGGCAUCUUUGUUGUAAGAGAAGCUUACUCCAUUCUCUGUACUAAAGAUUAAAUUGUUCUUUUGGAUUCAGAGGACAUUCACUGUAGCUUAGGGUCAUGGCAUGGAGGAUGUUGCAAGAUCUCCUUUUGUUGGAGGAGGUGGCGGACUGCAUAACCAAAGGGAGACGUGAAAGGACACCCAACAGUGCUUUUUUUUUUUUUUUUUUUUUUAAAGCAAAGGACAAACCAACUCGGUCCAGAUAGCUCCUAGAGAUUAGCAAAAUCAGAUUCGCUCCCUCUGCUGAUCCUUGCAGCUCCUUCUGCCAUGACAAUAGUUUCUUUAAAAAAAAAAAUAAGGAAAAGACAAAGGGGCCGGUCCCCGGUGUUCAAUCUGUGCGCUGUAAUUUACACACUGAAUAAUACAUCGUAUGAAG